AUGCGGUCUCUACCCGCAAUAGUGGGCUUGCUGCCUCUGCAUCUCGCCCUCCUCCAGCAGUUCCUGCAUGGCGUCAUUGCAACACCUGUCGCCAGCGGGCAGCAAAGAGUUAUCGGCCCAGAUACCGCCACGGAGGAAGUCGCAGUCGGCCAAGAAGGGUCUCGCCGCUUACACGGAAAGUUUUUGCACAUUACUGACUUCCACCCUGACCAAUUCUACGAAACCCACUCCUCCACCGAAGAAGGCAUCGCCUGCCACCGAGGCGAUGGACCCGCUGGCUACUAUGGCGCAGAAACGUCUGACUGCGAUACGCCGUCCUCUCUUGUAAACGCAACUUUUGACUGGAUCGCCGCCAACAUCGCAGACGACAUCGACUUUGUAAUCUGGACCGGCGACUCCGCACGUCACGAUAGCGAUGAGAAUAUUCCGCGUAGUCCUGCGCAGGUACUAGGUACUAACCGGUGGAUCGCCGAUAAGUUUGCGGAGGCCUUCGGCGACCCCAAAGAUCCUACGCGAAUGGCCGUCCCCGUGAUACCAACCUUCGGAAAUAACGACAUCCUUCCGCACAACAUCCUUCUGCCAGGGCCCAAUAAGUGGCUGGGCUACUAUGCCGAGAUAUGGAAGCGCUUCAUCCCGGAAGAACAACGCCACUCGUUCGAGUAUGGUGGCUGGUUCUACGUCGAGGUGAUUCCUAAGAAGCUGGCAGUCUUCAGUCUCAACACGCUGUAUUUUUUCGACCGAAACGCCGGUGUCGAUGACUGCCAGCAGCCCUUUGAGCCAGGCUUCAAGCAGAUGGAAUGGCUUCGCGUGCAGCUGGAGUUCCUCCGGGAGCGUGGGAUGAAGGCUAUCCUCAUGGGCCACGUGCCUCCUGCUCGGACGGACAGCAAGAAGAAUUGGGACGAGACCUGCUGGCAAAAGUACAACCUCUGGAUGCAGCAGUACCGCGACGUUGUCGUUGGUUCGCUCUACGGCCACAUGAACAUUGACCAUUUUAUCGUGCACGACACCAAGGAGGUCAACAUCAACAUCCUGGGCGGAUACGCAGUCGACGACGAUGUUGGACGGGAGGCAUUUGAGGACGAACUCGAGAUCCAAUCGGCGCAGGAUUACCUGACAGAGUUGCGAGAAGGUUGGGCGAAACUCCCGCCCGUCGACGUUAAGGCGUUGGAAGAGGAGGACACAUUCCAGUCGGACGCACAGGGCAAGAAGGGCAGGAAAGGCGACAAGGACAAAAAGAAGAAGAAGAAGAAGCCUGGAAAGGACUUGGGUGGCAAGUAUGCGGAGCGAUACCAUCUGUCUCUCGUCGGCCCCAGUAUUGUGCCCAACUACUUUCCCACGCUCCGUGUCGUGGAGUACAAUAUCUCUGGUCUCGAGAACGCGGCGGUCUGGACGGACUCGUUCACCAACGAGAUUCCAUCCCUGAAACUCCCGACUGACGCCGACCCCGUCCACGAGGAACUGAAGCGCGAGAUUGACGCCGCCGGGAAGAGAAAGGGCAAGAAGGGGAAAAAAGGAAAGAAGCCAACGACACCCAAGGACCCCAACCUGGUCAUCCCGCAACCGCCACCCGCAGGCACUGGCCCUGGCCCGGCAUAUGCGCCUCAGCCCCUGACGUUUCUUGGAUACACCCAGUACUUUGCGAACUUGACCUAUCUCAACAACGACAUGACGCAUGAGAACAAGGACGUGUCCAGGAACAAAUGGCGCGACGGUAUCCACAAGGACAAGGAUCCCAAGUCCAAGAAGCCCAAGCCGCGUCCCUUCGCGUUCGAGGUUGAGUACAGCACCUUCACUGAUAAGAUCUACAAGCUGUCGGACCUGACGGUGCGGAGCUACGUGAAGCUUGCGAAUCGCAUUGCCAGGGAGAAUGUCAAGGGCAAGGCGCUUGCCCAAGAGGAUGAUGAAGAAGAAGACGACGAUGAUGACGACGACGAAGAAGAAUACCAGAAAGACGAGAUGGGCCAAGAAGAAGGCAAUGACUCAGGCGCUGUAGAUGAAGGUGAUGAAGGAGACAAAGACGAUGAGGAUACAGAAGACGAUGGUGUAGAAACAGAGAAAAACAGCGGGAAAAAAGGUAAGAAGGGGAAGAAGGGGAAGAAGAAGAAGAAGAAGCACAACAAGGUCUGGCUGCAUUUCCUCAAGCACGCGUUCGUCAGGACGGUGCCCCAGAAGAAGCUCAAGAAGUUUUAG